UCCAGUACAUUAAUAAAUUAUACCGCACAUUGAUCAACGUGUAACAAUAAGAAUAUACUACAAACUACCAUAGAAUGUCACGAUUACCCGACGUCGAUCGCCAAUGCGCCAACCAGACGACACAAGAAGGAAGCGGAUGGAUGGAUCGAAGAACCGAAACCGGUUUCCAGAAUCAAUUGGCGUCGUCGGGUGGCUCACUACAUUAACUCACUGCUGACAAAUAUGGUUAUUUGAAACCGGUUUACCAACCUAUUCAGACUCCGCCUGCGAUAGUGCGUUUCCCACAACUCUUUGGUACGGUGACGAUUUGACGCAGCAGACGGGCAGUUGACAGACAGACGAUCUUCGAGCAGGGCGGAUUUGAAGCUGGUUUGGAUACUAAACGGAUUUUAGAGUUUCAGGACAUUUUCGUACUUUGGAUAUCAGAAACACGUUGUCAAGAUGGAUUUGAUAAUGAUUCUACAGAAUGAGAAGAUCAAGGAUAAAGUCAAAAUGUUGAGUAAGGAAAUGAGGGGCAUCUUCCUGGAGAAGAUGAUAGAGGAGUCCCUCCAGAGUUCCAGGGAGAUGGCCUCCCAGCUGUCAGAGUGCCGGGCAGAUAUCAAUGAUGAGUUUGAACAGUUCAAGAUGGACAUUGCAGCACUCAGGGCAGAAUCAAGAGCACAUGCUGAAAGCCGUAAUGGAAGCAGGAACCGCCGCAGCAGGAUGAGCCGAGCAUCGCGAGCCAGCCGAGCUCCGUCGGAGAUGAUGAUUGUGGACGAGGAGCAGCAUGACGAGGAACGCAGGAGGAGGAUGGAGAGAAGGAGACAGAUCGAGUCGGGGGAUGUGUCCCCCAGCUCCAUGGACUCGCUGUCACCCCACUCCGGGGGCAUGGGCGGCAUGGGGGGUAUGGGGGCGAUGCGGGGCAUGGGCGGAAUGGGCGGGAUGGGGAGGAGAGCUGCGUCACCAAAUGGAAUCAGAUCAGUAUCUCCGGCCAGACCGGUGACGGACGAGGAGCAACAGAAACACAUGCACGAGGCCCGCGCCAUGCUGACCGACCUGGAGCAGACGGAGACCCACAUGGAGAACGAGCGGGAGAGGCAGAAGGAGAACCUGGAGAACAAGAGGAGGCGGUUGCAGGAUGACAGGAUGAUGAGAGCCAUGCAGCUGCUGGACGACUGCCUCGCCAUGGACGGCAUGUAUGCCUCUGAGAAGCAGCGACAGACGGAGAAUGUCAAAGCGAGGCUUGAUGAGUUGAGAAAAGGCAGAGAACAAAGAGGCAAGACACCCGACACCCGAAGCUCCGACCAAUCAGCAGACAGACACCCCCUGAACACCCCGGACCCUCAAGACCUUGAAAAAUACUGAUCACGUGACACCAAAAGCGAAUGCAAUUAACUGUGCAGGGAUAUAUGGCCACAGAGGUAUCAUCCAUCUCAAACAGCAAGGGCCUGUCUGUGCCCACACCUCAUAAAGUGUUCUCAAACAAAAGAAUACACAUGCUGUAUUGUCGUAUCGUGAAGUGUCGCAAAUUUGUUAUUAUUCCAAAGGAAAAUGUAGUUAUAUGUCAAGAAAAUCCAUAAAGUUUGGGAAAUUUUCUGCUGGGUAACGCAAUCCUUUUUAUGACCUUGUAGACAGAGGUGAAGGUCACGUGUACGUUGUGUUGGUGUCUAAUGUGAAAUGGUCAUUUGAUCCUUACCGAUAAUGUUCUUUUGAAGUAAAAAGUUUCACUGAUACUGUAAAAAGUUAAAAGUUUCACUGAUACUGUCGUGGUUGAAGUAUAUAUAUAAGGUCAAAACCACGGACUAAUCAGAUCCACUUGUCUGCUGAAUCAGAUUCCAUUGGGUGUAAAAGACAAAAUAGUGAUGGAAAUUAUAUAAAUGGAUCACUGAAAAUCAGUUUUGAAACCAGCUGUUCGCGAAUCCAACCUAGGACGUGACAUGCUGUCGUGGGAUACCUCUCAUGAUAUAUUAGCGGAUUGACCUUUCUAGAUGGAUUUGAGGUUCCAAAUGGGACCAAACGAGGUCAACUGGAUUUCGAAAACCUCCGACCCCGCCAUGUCCCAGAACAAUGGCGCCUUGGCUUGGAGUAUUCAUUAUUAUCCGGUUAUAUUGAAAUACAUGUCAUUGACAAUCUUUCAUUAAAUCGUAUUCACAUCAUGCUCAUUUAAAUACUUUGUAACUGUAAUUUCUAAUUAUAUUUUGGGGGACUUUGAACUAUUUGAACAUAACCCUACACUUGGCACCUGGCACUUGGCAUAAUAUAUAUAUAUAUAUA